UAAAUGUUCUCUGAGGAUGGGGGGCUACAGUGGUGGCGAUGGGGGGAAGAAUGAGAAAGAAAUGGCUGCUGCUUCUCUGCAGAGAGAUCGCGAUUUAGGAAAACAACAACAACAACAAAGCAACCCAACCUGAAAAGGCUUAGUAGACCUGCCUUUCCUGCAAAUCAGCAUACAGUACUGUACUCAGCGGAUCUGUGCACCUGUUGGCUUUAGUCGCCGUGAAGGGGAAACAGUGGCAGUACUGAACUUCAUAGAAAAACAGCAUGUUGUGGUAAAGGCGUGUAUCUUGUACACAAUUAGAGCCUAACUACUAUCAUUGUAGAUGCGUGUUUUUUUUUUAAAUAUCUCUUUUUAAACCUUCAUUAUUAAUUCUGAUUAUCCUUGCCUUUUGAUAUUCAAAGGAAGCUUCAUUUUAUUUUUUGAGAUAGGGUCUCCAUAUAUAACCUUGGCUGGCCUGGAACUUCCUACAGGUUGGCCUCCACGCAAAGGUCACCUGCCUCUUCUUCUCAAGUACUUAAAGGUGCUUUAUUUGUCGGAAAGAGAUGCUCUGUAUUAUGGACCUGAGUAUUCCAGGUGCUGAAAUGUAAGAAGACAGCUUUAGAGUUGCAGAUGUCGACUGUGGCCUUCUUAAGCACAUUGGUAUUGUCAGUGCCAGCCAGACAGCACAUGUGGCUGGUGGCUGUCAUAUUACUGGAAGUGGAGGCAGCUAUGACACAGAUUUAAUGAAAAGGUCCUAUUACUACUGGAUUUGCAAGAUUUUUAAUACAAUUUUUUCUUUGAAUUAUGAUUUAAAUGUCAAAAACCUUUAAAUUUUUUUGAAAAGGGCAAUAUUGUAGUUUUGGAAGUCAGAAUGCCAAGGAAAAGGAAAAAUCUUGGGGGCAAUCCUUUUCGGAAGACUGCAAACUCUCAGGAAGUUGUCGUAUCCCGUGUUGCUAGUCCUGAGGAGCCAACCACUACUCUUCCUUCCAAGAGUGAGACAAAAAUUGAUCAGGAAGAACUCUUCACCAGUAUCUCAGAGAUGUUUUCUGCUCUGGAUCCUGAUGUAGUGUAUUUGAUGCUUUCUGAAUGUGAUUUUAAAGUUGAAAAUGCCAUGGACUGUCUGCUAGAGUUGUCUGCAGCGGAUGCCAAGAUGGAAGACUCCCUUUCACCAACGGCUGCUUGUGAGGACAAGCCAGGCGUGUCAGGACGUGCGGUGAUGGAGAUGCAGCCUCCUGCAGAGGAGAGUGAAGACUCAAAACUGGAUUCAUUUUUGGAUAUGCAGCUAACUGAAGACUUGGAUUCCUUAAUACAGAAUGCUUUUGAGAAAUUGAAUUCUUCCCCUGAUGACCAAGUAUAUUCAUUUUUGCCUUUGCAAGAUGCUAAGAGUUUUAAUGACUCUUCUUCUACCUUUAUGAAUUCAGAUUCAAGUGGUAUGACUUCUGUUCUUUCUGUACAGAAUACGGGGUCAAACAAUGAAGUUCUCCAGAGUUCUGCUGCUUCGCUAGGUUCAAACCCACUAACUUCACCUUCAGUUUUGAAUGCGCCUGAAAGUUUUCCACAGGGGAGCACGCUGGCGUUAGAAGGGAGCUUCCCCGAAGACUCUCCUCUCACUAGCUCUUUAAAUCCAGCAAAUGGCUCUGUUGGGGGUUGUGGCAAUUUUAACCAAAGACCAAAAGACCUUUUAGAACCUGAGUGUCCUAGUGCACAGCGUUCUCAAGCCCUCGUAGAUUUGGGUUCCAGUGAACCUCAGGUUCCUUCAAAUCUUCCUCUGCAAAGUCCAGGGCGUGACUUACCAGGUGCAGAUGGGGACCAAAAGUCUGCCUCUGUGCCUGAUGUUUUUGUGCCCUCUGAAGGAUUUGGUUUCAAGCCACACAAACAUCCUGAACUGCCACCAAAGGGGAAGGACAUGAAUUACUGCCCAGUCCUCACCCCUCUCCCUUUGCUCCUCCCCCCUCCGCCGCCUCCACCUAUCUGGAACCCCAUGAUUCCUGCUUUUGACCUCUUUCAAGGCAACCAUGGCUUUGUAGCGCCUGUUGUGACCACAGCUGCACACUGGAGACCUGUCAACUACACGUUCCCACCCUCCAUUAUCUCCCACACUUCCCCUACGAAGGUAUGGAGGAACAAUGAGGGAGCAAGCGCUUACCAAGUGCAGGAGGCCCCCGUGGCCCAGCCCGCCAGGAAGAAGACCACGGCCUAUGUGGGCUUAGUGCUCGUGCUUCUCAGAGGGCUGCCAGGCUCGGGGAAGUCCUUUCUGGCAAGGACUUUGCAAGAAGAUAACCCAAGUGGAGUCAUUCUUAGUACUGAUGAUUAUUUUUAUAUAAAUGGACAGUACCAGUUUGAUGUAAAGUACUUAGGAGAAGCCCAUGAAUGGAACCAGAAUCGAGCAAAAGAAGCAUUUGAGAAGAAGGUAUCUCCAGUAAUCAUAGAUAAUACAAACCUCCAAGCAUGGGAAAUGAAGCCAUAUGUUGCUUUGUCUCAGAAGCAUAAAUAUAAGGUCCUUUUCCGGGAACCAGACACAUGGUGGAAGUUCAAACCAAAGGAACUUGCAAGGCGUAAUAUUCAUGGAGUAAGCAAGGAGAAAAUCGCAAGAAUGCUGGAGCACUACCAGCGUUUUGUUUCGGUGCCCAUAAUCCUGAGUUCUUCAGACCCAGAGAAAACGGAGCGGAUUGAGCUGUGUGCGUACUCUUGUGAGGACAGAAGCGCUGGCCCAAGAGACAAUGGAGCUCUUACCUCUGAAAAGGAAGAAAAUGUCUUACCCACAUCUGUGAAGCGCUCAGAGUUAAUGGAGGAGAAGACACUUGAAGCGGCCAAAGAAGCGAUAUUACCCGAGAGUGCUCCCCCCGUCCCUCAGGCCAGUUUCAGCCGAGGAAGAAAGGAGAUGAGUGUUGUGGGUCAUGGUGGACACAGCCCCUUCUUGCAGGAAGCCCCAAACACCUGUUUUCCUCACUCUGAAAGCAAAGUUCAAGUCACAGACAAGAGUGAGAAAGAGCAAGAGACGUCGAAAGGGCAUGUUGAAGCAGAUGCUUGGAGCCCUGCAGAGGGAGCAUCCCCAAGUAGUUACUGUGCUGAGGACAAUCAAGAAUCGGGUGAGCUUGCAAGUGCUGGGACCCUUCAGAGUGAGAACCCCCCACCUCCUGAGAUACUGGAAGAAAGAACAGUGGGAAAGAAAAAGACCAUUGGAAAACAAAAAAGCAAAUCAUCUUUGGAAAAGUUCCCAAAACAUGAGCCAUCAAAUUUUGUUGGUGACUGGCCAGUUGAUAAAACAAUUAGCCAGAGGACCAAAAGGAACCGGAAAACUGAGAAGGCUUUAUCUGUACAAGGUGACAAAAAAUGUAAUCGCCCUCAGUCACACAAAGUAUCAGAUGCUAGGGUAUCUAUGAAUUCAGAUCAUAUCCAGCAGCGAGGAUCUCCACAUGGAAUCGAUGAUCUUUCAGAAGUGCCCAGUAGCUGUCAUGAUACUUACAAAGGUACUGAGCAAACCUCAUUCAGCAUUGUGGGUGACUGGCCCUCAUCUGCUUCUUUAGCUCAGAGAGAGCACAGGUCGAGAAUACCAAAAGCUGGCUUAAAUGAAGCCAACUUAGAAUUUGGAACUAAUGACAACAUGAGUGAAAUACCCCUAUAUCCCACGCGUGAGGCCUAUUGGGGCACAAGCCCUGAAGAACUGAAGUCUCUGGGUUCCACUCUGCGAAGUUCUGAAAUGCUGCCUAGUAAAACAGCUCAUGAAGCUCAGACUUCCCUGAGAAAAACGGUUCCUAGCCAGCAUGCUCUGCCCCUUCCCUUUUCCAGUAAUGCAGUAGCUCCGCCUGGAGUCGUGGGGCCUCGGUCCCUAGCAGUCGGAGUGUCUAGGGUUGUCUCUGGGAUAGAUACAAGCGUAUGUGCCCAGACUGAGCCCCAAGAUUUUGCUCUCUUGUGGAAACUAGAAAAGAAUAAAAUCAGCGUUUCAGAUUCUGUCAGAGUGCUAACAGGAAAAUUAGAUGGAUUUAAGCCAAAAGAUUUCACUAUUAAUACAAAAUUAAAUGUUGAAGAAGCAAUUCCAUACAGAGUCAUGCAUGAUAAAAGUACGUAUGUUGAAGAAAGUGAGCUUACCAGUGCUGAUGAGUCUGAAAAUCUUAACAUCCUUUGUAAACUAUUUGGAUCAUUUUCCUUAGAAGCCCUGAAAGAUUUAUAUGAGAGAUGUAAUAAAGAUAUUAUUUGGGCCACAAGCCUUUUGUUGGAUUCUGAGACUAAAUUAUGUGAGGAUACUGAGGUUGAGAAUCCCCCCAAAUCAUAUGAUGAAUCACAAGUUGGGCCAUUUUCUAUGGGGUUGGAUUUGAAGGAAAUUAUUAGCCACAGAGGAACCUCAGAAGAUUUGAAUUUUGUGUCAGAAUUUAACCCUGGGAUUGGUAUCAGGAACACUAAUGCACAGUCGGCUGGUGAGGCAGAAAAAGGAAGCUCAAAGCAGGAAGAGAUAAGAGCUACAAAUCCUGAAAACCCUGAAUUACUAAGCAGACUAUUUCCUAAUGCUGCUAUCAAUGUAAAGAGUAAUAAUGAAAUCAUUUCUAACCAUGGGACUGAUUUGUCAGGUGCCUAUAGCUUUAAGGGGUCUUUUCCACUUACUCCAAAAUCUAACAUCCUCAAAGAUGUUAGUGAAGUGGAGAAAAAUCUAGUAGCCACAGAGACUGGAGGCAACAUUCAUUCUUUUUUAAAUUUGUCUGAUAUCAUAAACUCUGCAACAAGCACUUCAAAUCCUGAAUUAAAUGAAGAAGUUUAUCUAACUGGCUCUUUGGAAGUAAGGAAAAAUGAGACUCUUCCUAAGGAUUAUGUGAAAUUUGGAAACAUGGAAGAAUUUAUCAAUGAAGAUAAACAGGAAAUGGAGAAAAUUCUAAUGCCAGGAACUAGUUUGUCAGCUGGAGUUAGUGAAGAGGAUAAAACCGAGGUAUUAAAUCCCACACCAGUAAUGGCCAAAUCUCUGACCAUAGACUGUCUGGAGCUGGCAUUACCUCCUGAGCUGGCUUUCCAACUUAAUGAAUUAUUUGGCCCAGUUGGUAUUGAUUCAGGGUCUCUAACAGUUGAAGAUUGUGUGGUUCAUAUAGAUCUGAAUCUGGCUAAAGUGAUUCAUGAGAAAUGGAGAGACUCUGUAAUGGAGCGACAGAGACAGGCCGAGGUGUCUUGCGGCAAGUGCAGUCAAGAUCCUUCGAUGCCUGGGACUGCGGUUCUUGAUAAUUCUGAACAAAAAUCAUCUCAGAAAACAGGCAAAAAAUUAGUGAAGACUUUAGCAGCACCCGAGACACUGGAUCCAUGGAACACUCAAACAAAAAAAGUUUCACUGAGAGAAAUAAUGUCAGAAGAAAUCGCCUUACAAGAGAAACAUGAUUUGAAAAGGGAGACACUUAUAUUUGAAAAAGACUGUGCCACCAAACUAAAGGAGAAGCAGCUCUUUAAAAUAUUUCCAGCCAUUAACCAAAAUUUCCUGGUGGACAUCUUCAAAGAUCACAACUAUUCACUGGAACACACAGUGCAGUUUCUAAACUGUGUUCUUGAAGGAGACCCCGUGAAAACAGUGGUAGCUCAGGAAUGUGUUCACCAAAAUGAGAACAUCACUUCUCAUCCUGCACAGAAAUCAAAAGAGAAAAAGGCAAAGAAGUCAAGAGAGAGUGAUGACCCCACAGGUGACGCGUCUUUCCAGGAUUUUGAGUACCCUGAGUAUGAUGACUAUAGGGCAGAGGCGUUCCUGCACCAGCAGAAGAGGAUGGAGUGCUACAGCAAGGCCAAGGAGGCCUACCGCAUGGGCAAGAAGAACGUGGCCACCUUCUACGCUCAGCAGGGCAGUCUCCACGAGCAGAAGAUGAAAGAGGCCAAUCACCUGGCUGCCGUGGAGAUCUUCGAGAAAGUCAACGCCUCUCUGCUGCCGCAGAACGUCCUCGACCUCCAUGGGCUGCAUGUGGAUGAAGCUAUAGAGCAUUUGACGACUGUUUUACAGCAGAAAACGGAAGAUUUUAAGCAGAACGGCGGUAAGCCCUAUCUUUCCGUCAUUACGGGGAGAGGAAACCACAGCCAGGGAGGAGUUGCUCGCAUCAAGCCAGCUGUCAUUAAAUACCUCACCAGCCACAGCUUCAGGUUCUCUGAAAUUAAGCCAGGGUGCUUGAAGGUCAUGCUAAAGUGAAAUUUAGAAGCCCUGACUUAGAGGCAUGAAGGUUUACAGACUAAAAUUGGUUUUUUCUGCAGUAAUUCUGUCAAUUCUACUCUCAAAUGUGUUUUAUUAGGAAUAUAAAACAAGGAAAAUGUU